AAUAAAAAUAAAGAUAAUAACGGAAAAAAAUAUCAUUGCUAUCGUCAGUUGAGAUUAUAAAAAUAUAUUUUUUAAUGGGACAUUAAAUUUGCGAGUUCUGGGUAACUAGUUUUUGCUGCAGAUCCACAUGAUGUGUCUUUUUCCGGGACGUUUAAAUUUUUUUUUUGCUUUACCAGGGGCAAUUGUCAUGACCAUUGAAUGGCAGUAGCUGAUGCACAAUACGAGUGUUGUUCAUUCGAAGCCUUGACUUUUAGCCAGUCGGAUGUGUUAUAUUUUAACUCCAAUUAUUUUAAUCACGGGCGAUGACAGUAAAUUAAUUUUAUAGCUGUAAUCAUAACUAUUUUGUAAACCGAGUUCUUAUUUUCUCUACUUAAAAAAUAUUAAAUUAUUAAAAUGAGCGCAAUUGUGUGGACUAAUAAAAUGGUUCUUUGUUUUUAUUUUUUAUUUAUAGUUAAUGUUAAAUGCAGUGGUAUAAAUUUUAUCAAACUGCCAUCAAAAAGUUCAUCUUCACACCUAUAUGAUCAUGCGAGGCAGUUACUAGGAAUGUGUUUCAACAAUAAAUUUAAUUCGAUUAUCAUAACCGCUGAUUUAGCUGAAGAUAAUGAAAUGCAUCGAAUUAAAAAUAUGUGGAAUGCUGAUGAUAGUAGUUCAUCGGUAAUAGUAAUUGACGGAAAUUAUAAACCGACUAAAAUUCAAAUUAACCAUCGCUCUUACCCAUCGUAUAUAUUAUCAGUGAAUUCAAUUGAUACACUUAAAACACUUAUUGGUAAACUGAAACUAUCAAGUACAUGGAGUAUCACGUCAAUUUUUUUAAUUCUCGGCACUGCAAAAGUGUCUUGUACUGAUGCCGGCAAAGUACUUGGAUUAUUAUGGGAACAAGAUUUAUUAUUGGCGUAUUUUUUGUGUAAAAAAUCUGUUGAUGAUAAUGAUAACGAUACGAUAACUAUUUAUACGCUAAAUCCAUUCACUAACUAUGCACCACCGCUUUGGCAAGAGGCUGAAACAAUAAAUACUGUUGAUGAUGAAUGCGACAAUAAAAAAUUGACUUUAUACAAGCAACCUAUGAUAAAAGACAGUAAAAUUUGUCGAAAUAUUACCUUUGACAAAACUGGACGUUUAGAUGGUUAUAAAAUAAAAAUGACGUUGUUUCACACAUUACCCAAUACUACUCGCGAUCACGUAAUAAAUAUCAAAGAUACACCUUAUAAAUCGCUGUAUGGUAAAGAAGACAUGACGGGUUCAUACGAUUUAUCACCAUAUUUGAAUGCUACCAGUUCAUUCUAUAUCAUUCAUGAAAGUUUUCAAGCAGAUGCAAUUAAAAAUGGUUAUAUAGAUUCAUUAGUUAAUAGGAACAAUAAAUACGAUAUACACGACUCAAAAAUGCCAUUGGCAGAUGCUAAUUAUGAGUUAACAGAUAUAAUAACACAAUAUUACGAAGAAACUUUUUCUAUAUUAAUAAAAAAAUCAGAUUAUUUUACAAUUAUUGAAGAAGUCAAUAACCAAUAUAAUAUCCAGUUCAUAAUCAUGACAAUUAUAAUAUUAUUAUUAAUAACUGCACUAAUGGUAAUCAUUAAUAAAACUGAUAUUGGUUGGGCUGUAAUGGAUGUUGUUAAAAUGUCACUGAGUAUGGGAGCAUUGACGCCAAUGGAUAAAUUAUCUAUGCGUAUUACUUUCUUCACUGCUUUUAUAUUUUUUUUCACAACAAUGCCCGAAUUUCAAGGACAAAUUUCAGCGAUAUUGUCAAAAUCCACCCAGCGGAAUGUUGAACAUUUAAAGGACUUGUACGACAAUAAUUACCAUAUUUGGUACGAUGAACGAUUACAAAAGAAUAUUAUUGAGGAAAAAUUGUGGAUAACGGAUGAUGAUAAAAAAUACUUACAUCCGAGCAAUGGGAUAAAUAUGUUUACAUGUGUAAUGAAUGCACAAGGGGAUUCAAGAAUUGCGUGUAUUUAUCCAUCAAAAUUCAUAUUAACAUUUGCUUCACAGUUAAAAAACUUGCAUGUUUUAAAAAGUCCAGUAUUUAGAAACUAUAACGUUUAUUGGUCCCGAAAGAAUUGGGUAUUAAAGAAUAGGUUUGAUAAAAUCGCGACGAUGCCAGUAGAAGCGGGUUUUCAAUAUUAUUCGCACAAAAAAAGAAUAAGUAAUAUACUAAAUAAAAUGAAAAAGAUUGACAAAAUUAAGAAUGCCCAGAAAUAUGAUCAAUUGGAUUUUUAUAGUUUUGAACAUACUUAUAUUUUUAUGGGUAUAAGUUUACUAUGGGUUUUUAUUAUUUUUGGUAUUGAAAUACUUUUACAUAAUUAUUCUAGACUUUAUAGACAGUUUAAAAUGAGAAAUUGCAAGAAAAAAAGUAAAUCGUUGAGAUCACAACCGAGAAUUGUUUUUUUUCCCGGGCGAAUGGUACUUCUUAAUAAUCGCGAAGAAGUUUAA